UAUUGCAUGUUAUGUAUGUUAACAAGGCAGUACUUAGAUUCCGAUUAUCUUCAAAGAUGAAUGGACCGGUACUUCUCAUUUCCAUAUUUCUCUUCCGGAAUGUGUUUGCCCUGACAGAUAUUCCAAAUGCAGUUCUUGUUGAUUCGGUAACGGCCUAUUCGGUAUCCGUCUCUUGGACACCCUUUCCUGGUAGCGUAAGUUAUCAGGUAGUUUACACUGGACCAGACCAAACAGAGGGGCAAGUUUUCUCAACCAGCCCUUAUACCAUUCUUACUGGACUAACUCCUGUAUCUCGAUAUGACAUCACAGUGCGAUCACUAUUGAUCACUCAAAAAGAAAUAGACGUUGGCAAUGUCACUGCAAUUACAGGACCCGAUCGGUGUGGUCAAAAUCCGUGCCUGUAUGGGACGUGCUUGGGAGAGUUCUUCCUCUGUAUAUGUGAGAUUGGUUUUACUGGACCAUACUGUGAAACAGAUAUCAAUGAAUGCAUUUCGCCCCCUUGUCAAAAUGGCGCCAGCUGUAUUAACACCAUUGGAGGUUACCAGUGUCAAUGUAUACCAGGUUUCACUGGAGUAGACUGUGACACCAAUAUAGACGAGUGUCUCGGCCUACCUUGCCUUAAUUCUGGAUCAUGCUUAGAUGCACAAAUUGGUUACUAUUGCGUAUGCCCAGUGUUCUAUACAGGACAAAAUUGUGAGAUUGGUGCAUUUUGCAAUAUGACAUCUCAAGACACGGUCUACGGAGAGGCUACUCUGGAUAGAUCAAUUGUUGGAUCAGUAAUGAAUUCAAGUACUGCAUGUCCGUUUAAUACGACACAAGCUGGAGCGCCUAUCCUAACUGGUUAUUGUACCGAAGAGGUGUUCGGCUACUCCUGGACCAUUGAAGUAAACUGCAGAGGAUUCCGUGGGGCACUGGAACUUUUAGAAGAAAUACUCGAGGAAGGAAUCACAGAAGACAACCUCGAAGAGAGUGCCUACAGGGUGGCCAUCAUCACUAUGCAUUCAGAGGACUUCACAGCCCUUGAGGCUAAUCUCGUUGCUGACAUCAUGGAGAGUAUUGCCUGGUGGAACUCGAGUAACUAUAAUGUGACAACAUCUUCUGUUCUCGUAGUCAACAAUGUAAUGAAUAUCGACGAGGAAGAAUUAUUUACUGCUCAGGAACAAAAUGAGUCACCUUCUCGAUUGGUUCAAGGUCUUGAGAGACAAGUUGGUAACAUCGAACUUAAUUCUACUACGGCUUUUGAUGAAAGGUUUGCCAACAUUGCUGCAAAGGUUCAAACAAUUUCCAGUUCAGAUGCAUCGAAUGGCGUCGUGAUCAGAAUGUCGGGCCUUGACAUCACCGAUUUCUCCGAGACAAACACAUCCAUAACUGCGAUAGAUUCUAGUUCUAACAGACCAACCACAGCAACACUUGUACAAACCGUCGUUCCUGCAGAGGCAUUACGUCUACCGCUCGAAGAUGACAUCGCAUCGUUGAUUCAAUCUCCUAGAAUUAUAUACAUGGUAUAUACCAGCGAUGUCCUUUACCCUUCCAAGUACAUCCAGAGAUUGAAUGAAAAUAACGGAAUUUUCAUUAGGACCGUGAACACGCCGGUAGUGGCUGUUAUCGUGGGUGGACAAAAAGUUGAGGGCUUGUCGCAAAGCGUCAAUUUCACAUUCUCCAAUAUCAUGAGUGAAAACUACGACCCAGUCUGUACUUUCUGGGACACUGGAACCGGGAACUGGUCGACUCGUGGAUGCACACUAGUCAGUGUGGGUCCAGACACAUCGUUUACACAGGUCACUGUUCCAGAGAACGUAGAUGUGAUCGAUACCAACAGUGUGACUUGCGCAUGUGAUCAUCUGACCAGCUUCGCAGUCAUCGUCGACCUUUACCCCGACGGACGGCCAAACAAGGUAUUUCGAUGGCUGAGCAUUAUUGGGUGUGGAAUAUCUAUCAUCAGUCUCAUCAUCACUGUCGUCACAUACCUCUCUUUGCUCAAGAAACUGCGCUCAUCUCGCGUCGACAAUGUCCAGCUCUACAUCCUCUUGUGUUUCUGCGUCACACUACUUGGCCUUUACGUUGCUUUCCUCGUCAUCAUUGGCUUCGAUCGAGAAUCUCGCGUUGCCGAGUUAGGGAUUAUUCCGUGUAGUGUCGUAGCUGGCCUCGCCCACUUCUUUGCGUUGUCCUCAAUGACGUGGAUGGGUAUCGAAGGGUUUCAUAUCUAUAUGACAACGGUUCGAAUCAUUAAUACUUACAUACCAAAGUUUAUGAUCAAGGCCAUCCUGGUCGGUUGGGGCAUACCAGCCGCCAUUGUUGGAACAACGGGUGGACUCCUGCGUGGUGACUAUGCAGCAAGAGAUUUUUGUUACGUGCAACAGUGGGCCUUGAUUGGAGGAUUCCUGGUGCCCAUGGGAGUCAUUCUACUCACCAACACCAUCAUCUUCCUCCUCGCCAUCUGUCGGCUCUGCCAAUCCGCCAGGCUCCCGGGACGAGUAUGGAAAGACCGCGAGGCCGAACGUCGAGCGUCCAUUGAGAGGACGCAGACUGGCGUCUCGUUUCUGGUCCUCAUGGGGUUGACCUGGUCCACCGGAUACCUGGUUCUUUUGCAGGACGACACCUCAGAGGUCCUCUUCAUCAUCUUCAACUCCUUGCAAGGGUUCUUCAUCUUCGUACUCGCUUGUUUACGGAAGCGUGUAGUGCGACAGCGAUGGAAAGAGUUGUGUUGUACAGGUUGUUCGGAACCUGAGAAGAAUGGCUCUCGGUCGAGUCGUGAUCUCAACAAGCCAUCGCAUGGGAGCCAUAGCUCCAGUACACCUCUGGAGCUAUCGGGUCUUCAUUAAGAUUUCAAAAUAGCUCUUCUCAGAUACCCAAGUCUUGAAGAAUCGUUAAACGUUCAUUAAAGCUUGUU